AUAGACUGUGCGUUGGUUGCUGGACUCUGUUUACUUUAAUCGACAGCUCGCGCUCCGAACUCUCUCCAAAGCAUCAUCGCCAUUCGUGUCUAGCCAGCACGACUGAGCAUUUGCGGAUUGAUAUCCAGUAAUCGAAACAACGACCAUCAACGACCAUCUUCAUCGACAAACGAAACGGAAUACCCCUCCAAGCCACAAUCGAAUAACGAACAUAUCGACGAACAACAUCAACAACGAACAAGAUGUCGAACGUCCUCCUGUUUGGCGAUCAGACCGCCGAGCAAUAUCCUCUCCUCCACAAAGUCACUCUACACCGCGACAAUGUCCUUGUCAGCAACUUCGUGCAGCGAUGUGCCCUCGCUCUGAGAGAGGAAACACGGGCACUGCCACGCAGCCAAAGAAAUUCUAUGCCAGACUUCCUGACCUUGACAAGCCUGGUCGAAGCCUACUAUCAAAAGGGCGAGAAAGUGCCUAUGCUGGAAUCUGCGCUCGUUACAAUAGCUCAGCUUGGACACUACAUCGGAUACUUCUCGGAGCACCCAGAUGAGCUCCCAGCCACAUCCGACACCCGCGUUCUCGGACUCUGCACUGGACUACUCGCUGCAUCCGCCGUCAUUUCUGCAAAGACUAUCGAUGAAUUGGUGUCUCUCGGCGUGGACUUUGUUCGUAUUGCUUUCCGCUCCGGAGCAGCAGUCGACAGCGUCCGCUCUGUGCUCGCUCAACCAGGCCAAGAGAAGACGCCUUGGUCUACGAUCGUCACAGGCACCACCCAAGAUGAGGCCAACAAGGCGUUGUCGGCUUUCCAUGAAGAGAAGGCGAUCCCACAAUCCAAUCAAGCCUACGUGAGCGCCGUCUCAGUCAUGGCCAUCACUGUCUCUGGACCUCCGACCACGCUAGAACGUUUCUUCAAGGAAGGUGCCUUGGCAGAGAACAAUCGUGUCGCAAUCCCUGUCUAUGGUCCUUACCAUGCUCAGCAUCUCUUCAACGAUGCUGACCUUGAAAGGAUCUUGUUCGGCAAUGUUGGACAGGAGCUGAAGAAGCGCGUUCCCUCCGCGCUCGUGCACUCUGCAGCUACAGGCAAGCCCAUGGUCGCUGAGAACUCUUUCGAGCUCGCCAAACUUGCUCUGGGCGAAAUGUUGCAGCACCCGGUCCGCUGGGACCACUUGCUGGAAGAGGUUGUUUCUCAAAUGGCCGCCAGCAAGUUGCCUGCCAAGAUCUACGCCCUCGGUGUCAGCAACAUCUCGAACAGUCUCAUCUCCGCUCUCAAGGCAGGUGGCAAGACUGAUGUCUCCGUCAUUGACCAAUCUGCGUUCACAGAAUCCACUGAAUACAAUGGACGCACCCAAAAUGACAAGAUUGCGAUCGUGGGUAUGGCUGGACGUUUCCCCAACUCCGCCAAUCACGAAGCGCUUUGGGACCUGCUCAUGAAGGGUCUCGAUGUCCACCGCAAGAUUCCCUCAGACCGUUUCGAUGCCGAUGCCCACUGCGAUCCAUCGGGCAAGGGCAAGAACAAGUCUCACACCCCGUUUGGAUGCUUCAUUGAUGAGCCAGGUCUCUUCGACCCGCGAUUCUUCAACAUGUCGCCGCGUGAAGCCGCACAGACUGAUCCUAUGGGCCGUCUCGCCCUAGUUACUGCCUACGAGGCCCUCGAAAUGUCUGGAUACGUUGCGAACCGAACGCCAUCGACCAAGCUCAACCGCAUUGGUACCUUCUACGGCCAAACAUCUGAUGAUUGGCGUGAGAUCAAUGCCGCAGAAAACGUGGACACCUACUUCAUCACGGGUGGUGUGCGCGCUUUUGCACCAGGUCGUAUCAACUACUAUUUCAAAUUCAGCGGACCUUCGUACUCUAUCGACACUGCCUGUUCGUCCUCGCUCGCGGCUAUCCAGCUCGCUUGUACAUCUCUCUGGGCUGGAGAUUGCGACACUGCUUGUGCUGGUGGUCUCAACGUCCUGACCAACCCCGACAUUUUCUCUGGUCUCUCGAAGGGACAAUUCUUGUCGAAGACCGGGUCUUGCAAGACGUACGACAACGAUGCUGAUGGGUACUGCCGUGGCGAUGCUUGCGGAACUGUUAUCCUGAAGCGCUACCAAGAUGCGGUUGCAGACAAGGACAACAUCCUCGGAUGCAUCCUCGGCGCUGCCACGAACCACUCCGCGGAGGCCGUCUCGAUUACUCACCCACACGCUGGCGCACAAGAAUUCCUGUACAAGCAGGUGCUUGCCAAUGCUGGCGUUGACGCUCACGAGAUCAGCUAUGUCGAGAUGCACGGCACUGGUACGCAAGCCGGUGACGGUAUCGAAAUGACUUCUGUCACGAACGUCUUUGCUCCUCGUCACCGCCAGCGUCGUCCUGACCAGCCAGUCAACCUCGGUGCCAUCAAGGCCAACGUUGGCCACGCUGAGGCUGCUUCGGGUAUCAACUCCCUCGUCAAGGUUCUGCUCAUGAUGAAGAACGAUAAGAUUCCAGCCAACGUCGGUAUCAAGGGUGAGAUGAACAAGACAUUCCCUGCCGAUUUGAAGGACCGCAACGUUCAGAUCUCGCAAACCGCAGUCGAUUGGCCACGAAAGAGCGCCGCGCCUCGCAAGGUAUUCCUCAACAACUUCAGUGCCGCUGGUGGUAACACCGCCCUGCUGAUCGAGGAUGGACCCCUCCGCGAGGCACCGACUGUCGUCGACCCGCGUGGCACUCUGCCAAUCACUGUCUCCGCCCGUUCUAUCGGUUCUCUGAAGCGUAACUUGGAGAACUACCAGUACUUCAUCAAGCAGAACCCGAGUACGACACUCACAUCCUUCUCGUACACCACAACUGCUCGUCGCAUCCAGCACAACUACCGCGUCGCGUUCUCGCUCGCCGACAUUGGCAAAGUCAUCGAAUCUCUGCAGGGUCAGGUCAAGGAGACUUACAGCCCUGUCCCUAUGGUGCCAACGAGAGUUUCCUUCUGCUUCACUGGCCAGGGCUCGCAAUAUACUGGACUUGGACAGAAGUUGUACCAAGACCUGAAGAGCUUCCGAGACGACAUUGAUCAGCUGGAUCAGCUGGCCCGCAUCCAAGGUCUGCCAUCUUUCCUGGAGCUCCUAGAUGGCACUGAUGUUGCUACUCUAUCUCCAGUCAAGGUGCAGCUCGGAAUGGCCUGCAUCCAAGUCGCACUCGCUCGCAUGUGGGCCUCCUGGGGUAUCACACCAGCUGCCGUGAUCGGUCACAGUCUGGGUGAAUACGCUGCUCUCCAUGUUGCUGGUGUCAUCUCGGCCUCUGACAUGAUCCUGUUGGUGGGACGUCGUGCCGAGCUUCUCGUCCGCGAUUGCACCCCUCACACACAUGGCAUGCUCGCAGUCAAGGGUAGCGCGGACGCCAUACGCACUGCACUAGGAACCAAGAUGACUGAGAUUGCUUGCAUCAACGGUCCAGAAGAGACUGUCCUGUGCGGAAGUGGCGAUGUCGUCGCUACCGCAAGCGAGAUCCUCGCCCGCUGCGGCUUCAAGGCCACGAAGCUCAACGUGCCAUUUGCAUUCCACUCUGCACAGGUCGACCCCAUUCUGGAGCAGUUCAAGAAGGUCGCCUCCGCUGUAACCUUCAACAAGCCUAUUGUUCCUGUGCUGUCCCCCUUGGCAGGCGAGAUCAUUCGCGAAGAAGGCAUCAUCAACCCAGAGUACCUCGCCCGCCACGCUCGCGAGACUGUCAACUUCUGGUCUGCUCUCAUCAGCGGCCAGAGCGCUAACGUUUUCGACGAGAAGACUGCUUGGCUCGAGAUUGGUGCUCACCCAGUGUGCUCUGGCAUGGUCAAGGCUUCCAUUGGUGCUACCGUGGCCGCUCCAUCGCUACGCCGUGGCGAGGACGCUUGGAAAACCAUUUCCAACAGCGUCUGCCAGUUGUACACUGCAGGAGUCAGCAUCAACUUUGAUGAAUUCCAUCGCGAGUUCAACGAUGCUCAGGAGCUUCUCACUCUGCCAACGUACUCAUUCGACAACAAGAAGUAUUGGCUCGACUACCACAACAACUGGACUCUCACCAAGGGUGAGGCUCCACAAGUCCGAGAGGUCAUUCGCGAGAAGGAAGUCGCUGUUGCUGCAACUGUUGCGGAGGUACCAGUGAAGCGAUUGUCUACUUCUUGCCAGAAAGUCAUCAGCGAGGAGUUCAACAGCACCAGUGCCAAGGUCGUCAUUCGAUCGAGCCUGGCAGACCCCAAGCUUUACCCAGUGGUCUGUGGGCACAUGGUCAACAACGCUGCUCUCUGCCCAUCAUCGCUGUAUGCUGACAUGGCUUUGACCGUUGGUGACUACAUCUGGAAGGAGAUGCGCCCAGGCACCGAAGCACCUGGCAUCAACGUGUGCAACAUGGAGGUUCCAAAGCCUUUGAUCGCCCAGAUCCCUCAACCUGCUCAAGGCCAGCACGUGGAAAUGGAAGCCGUGGCCGACCUCGAAAAGGGCAGCUUGAAGGUCAACUUCCGCAGCGUACAGCCAGAUGGCAAGAAGAUCCAAGACCACGCUCACUGCAUUGUGCGCUACGAAGACAAGGCUGCCUGGGCUGAUGAGUGGUCUCGCUACAACUUCAUGGUCAAGGCUCAGAUUGACAUGCUCACUCACAAGACCAUGAACGGAGGUGCCCACAAGGUUCAGCGCGGAAUGGCAUACAAACUCUUCAAAGCACUGGUCAACUACGACUCCAAAUACCGUGCCAUGGCAGAGGUUGUCCUGGAUGGUGCCAACACCGAGGCAUCUGCUCAGCUGGACUUCCCCACCAAGCCGGACGAUGGAGACUUCUACUGCCCUCCUUACCACAUUGAUGGCUCCUGCCACAUCUCAGGCUUCAUCGUCAACGCUUCCGACUUGCUCGACUCGGAGCAGAACGUCUACGUCUCACAUGGCUGGGGCGCGAUGAAGUUCAGCAAGCCGUUGACAGCUGGCAUGCGCCUCCGCAACUACGUUCGCAUGAUCCCGCAGCCAAACAACAUCAGCAAAGGAGACGUUUAUAUCCUUGAGGGCGACGAAAUUGUCGCAGUCUGCGAAGGCAUCAAGUUCCAGCAGAUCCCCCGUCGUGUUCUGAACACCUUCUUGCCACCAAACAAGGGCUCUGCUGCCACUCAAGCUCCAGCAUCCGCUGCGCCCAAGCCUGUCGCUCGUCCUGCAAUGACAAGAGCACCCGCAGCCGCCUUAAUUAGCCUUGCACCUGCUCCAGCAACCAAGGUAGCAGCUCCAGUUCCUGUCUCGGCACCAGCGCCAGCUCCACGUGCGGCCAAGCCCAAGAAGGUGGCUGCGCCCAAGAAGCUAUCUGGUGGACUUGUGGACAAGAUUAUGCAAAUCUUGGCCAAAGAAACCGAAGUGGACAUCGCCGAAUUGGUUGACGACGCUCAUUUUGAGAAUCUUGGUGUUGACUCCCUUCUAUCGCUCACCAUCUCUGCAAUUUUCCGAGAGGAACUAGAUCUAGAGAUCAGCUCAUCCCUCUUCACCGAUUACCCAAGUGUAGGAGAGAUGAAGAAGUACUUUGCCACGCUCGACACUUCGAGCGGCAGUGAGAGCGGUGGCAGUGUCAGUAGCAGUGCUCACGACGACGAUGAUGAUUCCGACGACGAAUCUAUCUCUGCCACUGAUGUGCCAACUCCUCUCGAAGACAUCUCGACCCCAGCCUCUUCAGCUCCUUCGGUUGCGGGCAAGGCAGAGCCAGACUCACCAGCACGUGACACUCUGGCCGACGUUGGAGAUGUUUCGCUCGCGCGCCAUGUCGUCGCUCAGGAAAUGGGAGUCGACAUUGAGGAAAUCACCGACGACGCCGAUCUAUCUGAGCUCGGCAUGGACAGUCUAAUGAGCUUGACGAUUCUUGGUGAGCUUCGUGAGAAGACCAACAUCGAUCUGCCAAGCACAUUUCUCUCGACCAACCCGACCAUCAAGGAUAUCGAGAACGCUCUCGGUAUGCGCCCCGCACCCAAAGUCGUAGCACGACCAUCGGCGAAGACUUCAACGCAGACUGACAUGAACGAGGUGUCUGCUAGGCUAGCCGCCAUCAACAGAACCGAUAUCUCCCGCUACCCCGCUGCGACUUCCGUGCUCCUGCAAGGCAACGCAAAGACCGCCACCAAGAAGAUCUUCUUCCUGCCAGAUGGCUCCGGGUCUGCCACCAGCUACGUCAGCAUCCCCAACCUCGGCUCAGAUGUCGCUGCCUACGGACUCAACUGCCCAUUUAUGAAGAACCCUGACCAAUGGGACUGCGGAAUCGAAAUCGCCUCGUUGAUCUACCUCGCCGAGAUCAAGCGUCGUCAGACCAAGGGACCUUACGUUAUCGGCGGCUGGUCUGCAGGAGGUGUGAUCGCAUACGCAGUGGCGCAAGCACUUCUCGCAGCUGGUGAGAAGGUUGAGAAACUCUUGCUUCUCGACUCUCCUUGCCCCGUCAACCUUGAUCCUCUUCCCACCCGCUUGCACGUAUUCUUCAACGAGAUCGGACUCCUCGGCACCGGUGACCCGACCAAGACACCAAAGUGGCUGCUUCCUCACUUCUCAGCUGCGAUCAAAUCGCUCUCCGCCUACGAUCCUAAGCCUUCGCUUGGUGAACUUCCAACUUACGCCAUCUGGUGCACAGAUGGUGUUGCCGGCAACCCAGGUGACCCACGCCCACCGCCAGCUGAGGAUGAGGAUCCAGCUCCAAUGAAGUGGCUGCUCAACCACCGCACCGACUUUGGUGACAAUGGCUGGGCACAGCUCUGCACCGGACCUUUCAAGAACGGUGUCAUGGGCGGCCACCACUUCAGCAUGAUGAAGGAGCCGCACGCAAAGGACCUUGGCAAGCUGAUCCGCGAGGGACUCGACUGGAAGCCCUAGAUGACGGAACGCUCGUACUCGCUUUGAGAAGCUCUAUGGAUACCUAGGGAACAUGACUUGCCUUGGCCGGCAACGAUCGUUUCGUGGAAUUCAUCACCUCCAAGCGAAUUCGGCGUGCUACCGACACAACGCAAAAUUGAACAAUAAUAGACGGAUAUAGAAGGAUGCUCGGAUUGCAAGUGUUUGUAUAUUUGACUGGCAUAGCGAGAGCGGUGGCAUUGGCGUGCAGCGUGCUUUUGGGUGGGAUAAUUGGUUAGAUGCUAACAUGAAUACUACGGCUGACUAUCUUCAAAGUCGUCGCUGCUGGAGAUGGCGCGUUGGAUGCGAAGAGCUGGCUACUUGAGUGUCUAUAUAGUCUAUUGAAAGCAGUUGAUGACAAUUUGUGCCCUCUCUUCCUCACUUGAUCAUGUUCAUUUCGCAGCACACUGACUUUCCUCUUCGCAAAUUGAUCGUCGUUGUUGCUCUUGUCAGGUACCCGAAUGGAUCUCCACU